UUUGAAUUCUAAACAUAAGUUGAAAUUGACCAUAAUAGCAGGAGAUGGAAAUGGAAGUAGCUAAAUCACCCCACCCCAAUUAAAUAAUAAUAACAAUCAAGUAUUACCCUCCAACUUCUCCAACCAGUUUCUAUAUAAAAAUAUCAGUAAUGCUGGUUAUAAGUUCCAUUCUGACUUGGAAAUCUUUCACCAUUUGCAGAUAGAAAGAAGUUCUAAAGCACCACAAUGGCUAGAACACUGGCCCUGCUUGUGCUAGCCAUAGUGGCAACCUGUGCCUUGGUACAGACCACAACCGCAGGGACCACCCAUGUGGUCGGAGACAGCUUGGGCUGGGUGGUUCCCAUUGGAGGUCCCGUUGUCUAUGCCACUUGGGCUGUUUCCCAUACCUUCUUAGUUGGUGAUAUCUUAUUGUUCAAUUUCACAACUGGAGAAGAAGAUGUAGCUAGAGUGACAAGGGAAGCAUUUCUAACCUGCAAUUCAACCAAUCCAAUCAGCCUCAAAACCACUGGUCCAGCCAAUUUUACGUUGGACACACUGGGGGAGUACUAUUUCAUUGGCACUUUGGACAAGCACUGCAUCUUGGGACAGAGGUUGGCCAUCAAUGUCACUGCACAUUCUGAACCGACUCCCGCCCCAACUCCGCCUCCAGCUCCAGCUCCAAGAGAGCCGAAAAACUACACCGUCGGCGACAAACUCGGAUGGCUAAUCCCUCCACCAGAUCCUCUCGGUCUCUUCUAUGCCUCAUGGGCUUAUAACAAGACUUUCUUAGUUGGUGACACCUUAAUUUUCAACUUCUACAAUGGAUCCGACGAUGUUGCUGUGGUAACAAAAGAAGUGUUCGAUUCCUGCAACAUCACUUCAACUCUCGAGGUAUUCAACUCAACACCGGCGAAUAUAGCCCUGAAUUCCACCGGCGAACAUUACUACACCUCCACCUACGAAAAACACUGCAUGUUAGGACAGAAACUAGCGAUCAAUGUGACCGAACAUACCACUCCCAGUCCUGGCUCAGCCCCUUCUCCUUCUACCACUGCACACCCACCCUCCCAUACGGUCUCUCCUUCUCCCGCCACUACACAUCCACCCUCCCAUACGGUCUCUCCUCCCGCCACUACACAUCCACCCUCCCAUGCGGUCUCUCCUUCUCCGGCCACUGCACACCCACCCUCCACUCCGGCCUCUCCUUCAUCCCCGGCAGGUGGAGCUGUGGCUCCUCCACCGAAAAACUCCGCUCCACCGGUAACCGCCGGCGGCCGCCUCUACAUCUGUACUUUCCUGGUCUUCGUCAUGGCCUCCGCAUUCUAUUUCUAAGCCUUUUUUUUCCUUUCGAUUUUAGUUCUAAAGGAAAAUACAUGAAAGCGGAAAUAAUUUGAAAGUUAAAUUACAAAUUUAGUUUAUACCGUUUUUAUGAUUUUAAAAGCUAGGGUUUAAUGUUUAUGAUUUUAUAAAACUUUAUAAAUAUUUCAAUACGAUUAUUUAUAAAGAUUUUACGAAACUAUACAGAUUGAAUUCUACUUAUAAAUGAUAGAAACUAAAUUUCAACUUUCUCCAAAUCAUAUAGAGCUAAAUUUACAAUUUAACUUUAUUUGUAUCAAUUUUUAGUACAUGGUGUAUGAGAAUAUAUGUAAAUGAUAAUUAAGUUGUUAGGUCUUGAUAUUUAUUGAAAUAAAUGAAUGUUUGUACUGAAUGUCGAGCACAUAAAGACCAUGAUAUCUCUCUUUCAAGAAACAAUUAUAACAUUGUUUGAUACUAA